AUAAGUCCCGGUUUACAAUAGGUGAUUUAAAUCUUAAAAACUAAUUAUUCUCAUCAUUUAACUGUGAUUGAUCAAUUUUUAAAGCUUAAUGCUUAAAUCAUGUAUUAAAUCAUGUAUAUGUAGACCGAGACUAAAGCGAACGCAGCCAGAAUGAUGCUUUCAGCACGAAAGCGUGUAAGACGAACUUAGCCUAUAUGUUGUUUGAGCAGAAUCUAACACUACGAACGCCUCGGAGCGCCAUGUAGACCAAUCGCAAUCUCUCUUUACGCGUUGCAAAACGUUUGGAUUCCCUUUCAUUAAACUUUCAUAUAUCGCAAAUACACUUGGUGUGAGACGCGCUGUCGCAUCGUUUGAUUUCAUAUAUGCGAAAAAAAUCGGAAACUGAAACAGCGAAGUUCUCGGCGGGUAUAGUGUCCAGCCGGUGAAACGAACUCUCAGGAUGAAUGUCGUGCGAAUCAAUUCGAAGAAUGUGAUAUUCCUUCUCAUAGCACUCUUGUCAACCUCCAUUCAAGAGGUUCACAUGGGUUAUGAAAGUAUGGUUAGUUAUGCUUUGAAAGAAGCUAAUGUAAAUUCUACACCAGCCUAUAGUAGUAAAAAGGAGGAAUUGGCAAACAUGUGUCCAACUGGGACAUCUUGCACAGAAUUGAGUAGUGAAUGUUUAAGAUGUAGUUUAAAUUAUAAUUGUAUAUAUGGUGCAAUGUAUGUUGCUAAUUGUACUGUGCUGGAACAUAUUGAUUGUAUAGGAGAACAGUCCUUUCAGAAAAAAUAUAUGUGUCGUUAUUGUUACCAAACUGAUCAUUGGGAACAUCAAUGUCAGCAGAAAAAUUCUUGUAGCUCAGUGGCAUCUCCACAGCAAUAUUACAGAACAAAUUGUACAGUAAAUGAUGAUAUUCUGUGUUUGGGAAAACGGAAGUUUAUGAAAAACUUGCAAUGUAAUUGGACAGUUGGCUAUAGAUGGUCCACAGCUCUAAUUCUGAGCAUCACUCUUGGUGGAUUUGGAGCAGACAGGUUUUACUUGGGACAUUGGCAAGAAGGAAUUGGAAAGCUCUUCAGUUUUGGUGGAUUGGGUGUAUGGACCUUAAUCGACGUGAUAUUAAUUUCUAUGAGAUAUUUGGGGCCUGCUGAUGGUUCUUUAUACAUUUAGAUUCAUUUUUAUAAAUGGUAUUAUAUUAAUGUGUUCAAUUCUUUUUAUUCUAAUUUAUUGUGCUAUUGCUAAAUGAUGAAUGUAUGUAAUAUUUAUUAGUUGUAAGCAAAUUGAAUAUAAGAACACACAAUGUGAUAUGUACAUACAUAUAUAUAUAUAAAUGUUACAUAUAGAUAUGAAGUCUUUUAUGAAAACAGA